AUGACAUCCUUGGUGGGGCACGAGCAGAAGGUCCAGCUGGUCGCCGACCGGGAUCACUUCAUUCGAACCCUCAGCCUCAAGCCGCUGCUCUUUGAAACCCCUGGCUUCCUGAGUGACGAGGAGUGUCGGCUCAUUGUCCACCUGGCACAGAUGAAGGGGCUACAGCGCAGCCAGAUCCUGCCCACUGAGGAGUACGAGGAGGCAAUGGGCACACUGCAGGUCAGCCAGCUGGACCUCUUCCAGCUGCUGGACCAGAACCGAGAUGGUCGCCUGCAGCUCCGCGAGGUCCUGGCCCAGACUCGCCUGGGAAAUGGACGGUGGAUGACUCCAGAGAACAUUCAGGAAAUGUACUCUGCGAUCAAGGCUGAUCCCGAUGGUGAUGGAGUGCUGAGCCUACAGGAGUUCUCUAACAUGGACCUUCGGGAUUUCCACAAGUACAUGAGGAGACACAAGGCGGAGUCCAGUGAGCUGGUACGGAACAGCCACCACACGUGGCUCUACCAGGGGGAAGGUGCCCACCAUGUCAUGCGCGCCAUCCGCCAGAGGGUGCUGCGCCUCACCCGCCUGUCACCUGAGAUCGUGGAGCUCAGCGAGCCCAUGCAGGUUGUGCGAUAUGGAGAGGGAGGCCACUACCAUGCCCAUGUGGACAGUGGGCCUGUGUACCCAGAGACCAUCUGCUCCCAUACCAAGCUGGUAGCCAACGAGUCUGUACCCUUCGAGACCUCCUGCCGCUACAUGACAGUGCUGUUUUAUUUGAACAAUGUCACCGGUGGGGGAGAGACUGUCUUCCCUGUAGCAGACAACAGAACCUACGAUGAAAUGAGCCUGAUUCAGGAUGAUGUUGACCUCCGUGACACUCGGAGGCACUGUGACAAGGGGAAUCUUCGUGUCAAACCCCAGCAGGGCACAGCAGUGUUCUGGUACAACUAUCUACCUGAUGGACAAGGUUGGGUGGGCGACGUGGACGACUACUCGCUGCACGGGGGCUGCCUGGUCACUCGUGGCACUAAGUGGAUCGCCAACAACUGGAUCAAUGUGGACCCCAGCAGAGCGCGGCAGGCGCUGUUCCAGCAGGAGAUGGCGCGCCUGGCCCGCGAAGGUGGCGCCGACUCGCAGCCAGAGUGGGCCCUGGACCGGGCCUACCGCGACGCGCACGUGGAGCUCUGAGGGAGUGCCAUUCCCGGCCGCCAGCCGCGGGGCGCCCGCCGCCCAA